AUUAAGAAAAAAAUAUUGUACUUGGCCUUCUUGAUAAUGGGAAGAUAAACAGACAUUAUUUAGCGGCAAAAAUGAGGAGGUGAAUGUCAUCGUAAUAAAGACUUAAAAAUCAAUGUUAUUGAUCGUUUUUGGUGUCGUAUAUAUCAUUCACCAAGAACAAAGAUUGGAGUAUAGCGGGUUAAGCCAUGUGCUUGUAGCGCAUCAUGUGGGUCGUCGACUCACCUUUUCUUUUGUUUUUCUCCUUUCCUUCGCAUGUUCACCUGGCUAGACGUGGCCGCUACACUGAGCUACCUUGAAGACUUCGACCUUCACAAGUGUGGCAUAUUUAGACACCUACCUAAUGUCUGCCGACGAAUGGAUUUCCGCUAAAUGCCUGGCGAAAUAUACAUACCCACAAAUCGUUCGUAGAGAUGUCACUUGUGCCCUGAAAGCAUUUAAGGAAUUACGUCCCAAGUUCGAAGAUUUCAUCCAAAAUGAUGGAACAUCCCGGAGACUCGUGAGCUUAGACGGCACUAUUCCUGUCAGGUAUAUGGGUUCAACUUACAAUAUCCCGAUUGCAAUAUUUCUGUUCGAAGCUUAUCCACACAAGUCUCCUAUGGUUUAUGUGAGGCCCACAAAUACUAUGCAGAUAAAGCCGAGUGAUUUUGUUGACAGUGCUGGUCUCGUUCAACUGCCGUACAUGACAGACUGGAAACAUCCAGAUGCAGAUCUAGUUGAAUUAAUAUCAGUUUUACAGGCUGUGUUUGGUGAGACAUCUCCAGUGUUUUCUAAAUCUGCUCCCAUCACAAAACGGCAAAUUUUAAAUCCUCCGUCAAAUCCCCAAUGCAUUGGUUCAAUGCCUUAUCCAGGUUCCUUAUCACAACCUCCUAUUCCUGUCAUACCGAAUGAUCAAACUUCUAAUGUGUAUCUACCCCAGCUUGGUACCGGAUGGCAGAUACCCGGUUCUGUACCCGUACUUCCCAAUAUACCUAUGCCCCAGUUGCCCAAUUUUGCCAAUCCUUUUACUCAAGCGACAAAUUCAAAUAUAUACUCUAUGUCAAGUCAAAAUAUUCCAAUGCCAGUAUGCCCAGAUGCAUCUGCUACAUCCAACAUACCAUAUAGUAUCAACACAUUAAACGAAGAACAAUUACGAUUAUCCGUAUUAACUGCUGUGGUUGAUCAAGUUCGUCGUGUACAAAAAGAAUUAAUCUAUCAACAUCAAGAUGAUUUACAAGCAAUACGUCAAACUCAAACUGGCCUAUUUAGUGGUGGUCAAAAAAUUCAAGAAAUGAUUAAUAAAAUGCAACAAGAAAAAGAUCGAGUUUGUACAGAAAUGGAAUCAGUCAAGAGGAAGAUUAGAGAUUUAGAAGAGACUUCAGAGAAACUACGCAAAUCUGACUCGAAUUUCAUAAUUGAUGAAGUAUUCGAUACGACUGCUCCAUUAUAUCGUCAAUUAGUUGUUUCAUUCGCUGAAGAACAAGCUAUAGAAGAUGCAAUUUAUUAUUUGGGCGAAGCAGUGGGUAAAAAUGUGUUCGAUGUGGAAGUUUAUUUAAAAAAAGUACGCGAAUUGUCUCGUCGACAGUUCAUGUUGCGAGCUACUGUUCAAAAAUGUCGUGAGAAAGCAGGUCUACCACUUCUGUAAUAAUCACAUUCAUUUCUAUAUUGUUUACUGAUUAUAUAAAAUAUUCCUGUUGUGAUAAAUCUGGCAUAUAUAUAUAUAUAUAUAUAUA